AUGCUACGCUACAACUCCCCCGCAUCUGACUGGAAUGAUGCACUCCCGCUUGGUAACGGCCGCCUCGGUGCCAUGGUCUACGGAGGCGUACACAAGGAAACAUUACAACUAAACGAAGAGAGCGUUUGGUAUGGAGGUCCGAUGAACCGCACUCCUGUUGGCGCAAAAGAGCACCUAGAGGAGUUGAGGAAACUCAUACGCGCUGGAAGACACUGCGAUGCCGAAGCUCUGGUUGGGAAGUACUUCCUUGCUACUCCAAAAAGUGCAAGGCACUACGAGCCGUUAGGCACUUGUACAAUCAACUUCGCGUACGCCGCGAAGCGGUCGUGCCCUCAGCUUGCCACAGACGCCGUGCAGGACUACGAAAGGAGUCUCAACCUGAAGCAAGCCGAGGCCGUGGUGCAGUAUGCCGUCAAUGGAACUCGAGUGCGUCGCGAGGCCAUAGUAUCGCACGCAGACAACGUCAUCGCGAUUCGCGUAGUAGCCGACGAAGAGAUCCAAUUUACAAUCAGCUUGACUCGUAUGAGCAAUGUUGAGUGGGAGGUAAACGAGUUUUUGGAUUCAAUUGAGAUCGUUGACCAGCGUGUUGUACUACAUGCAACGCCCGGUGGUAAAGGUAGUAAUAGUCUUUGCCUUGUGGCAGCGGCACAAGUCCAUGGCGCAGGAGCCAUUCGAAUUGUUGGCCGCGAGUUAGAAGUUACAGCCAAAGAGGCCUUGGUUGUUUUUGCCGCUCACACUCAGUACCGUCACAGCGAUGUUCAGCAGGUGGCAAUGUCAGAACUCGACACCGCCCUUUGUACUGGAGCAGAGACGCUUUGGAAACGGCAUGUUGUUGACUGGCAAAGUCUGUUUGAUCGCAUGAGCAUUCAACUUUUCCCAAACGACACGCGUCUCACAACAAAUGAGCGUCUUCAAAACAACCAAGAUCCUGGACUGGUUGCUUUAUACCAUGCCUACGCACGGUAUCUUCUCCUGUCGUGCAGUCGCUCAUAUUUCAAGGCUUUGCCAGCGAAUCUCCAAGGUAUAUGGAACCCUACAUUUCAACCGCCAUGGGGGUCAAAGUUCACCAUCAAUAUCAACCUGCAGAUGAACUACUGGGCUGCACAUACAUCUAACCUCUCAGAAUGCGAGCUUCCGCUGUUCGAGCUCUUAGAGCGCAUGGCCAUCAAUGGCAAGCGGACAGCAUCAGAAGUGUGGGGAUGUCGCGGGUGGUGUGCCCACCACUGCACGGAUAUCUUCGCCGAUACUGAAACGCAGGAUCGCUGGAUGCCAUCAACCCUUUGGCCUUUAGGUGGAGCAUGGCUUUGUACUCACAUCUGGGAGCACUACAGCUUUGUUGGGGACAACACCUUGCUUGUCCGGCUGGCACCUGUGCUGGAAGGCUGCGUUGAUUUCCUACUGGACUUUCUGAUCGAAAACUCGACCGGUCAGUAUCUUGUCACAAGCCCUUCUUUAUCACCCGAAAACACAUUCUUGCACAAGGAAAGUGGAGAGAAGGGUGUGUUCUGCGAAGGCUCUACGAUGGAUGUGGAGAUUGUCCGACAAGUCUUCACGCAGUUUCUGCUCACGACGUCUGUGCUUGGAAAGCUAUACAAUUCGCAAGACCGUGACCUUUCUGUAAAAACUGCUUUGUCAAAGCUGCCGCCUGUUAUGAUCAGUUCGAAGACUGGUACCAUUCAAGAAUGGGGGUUGAACGACUACGAGGAGACUGAGCUGGGCCACCGGCAUGUUUCUCAUCUUUACGCGCUUCAUCCAGGCAACACAAUAACCACAUCGUCUGAUCCUGCACUUGUACAAGCUGCCAAAACGACAUUGAUGCGGCGUCUCGAGCAUGGAGGCGGUCACACCGGCUGGUCGAGAGCCUGGCUCGUUAAUUUCUGGGCUCGCUUACGACAACCAACAGAGUGCCAAAAACACAUCGAAGCGCUUCUGAAAGACAGUACUUUGCCGAAUCUGUUUGAUAAUCAUCCACCCUUCCAAAUUGAUGGGAACUUUGGUGGUGCCGCAGGUAUCACAGAGUGUCUUGUUCAGUCGCAUGAAGAAAUACAGCUUGAGAGUGGGAAUCAUUCGACUAGACUCAUACGUUUGCUUCCAUCCUGCCCCGCCGAGUGGAAGAAAGGCAAGCUACGAGGUGUCAGAUGCCGGGGUGGGUUCGAGCUUGACUUCGAAUGGGACGAUGGGCAAAUCCAGGACCCUGUCCACGUCAGAUCACUGUUCGGCAACAACGUUGUACUCGUUUUCCAUCGGGCAGGCUCCGAUGCCACAGACAAGGGUGUUGAAGUUGAGAUUCCUGCAGUUGAGGGUAAUCAUACCAUUAGACACCAUGUCUAA